AUGGCGGUCUAUUGCCUCGGCCUGUUUGUGUUUUUGGCUGUGCUGUCGUUGGUGGCUGCUGAGGCACUUCCUCCCAACUCCAUUCCUGCCAUGUGCGUCGCCAUCUGCGGACCAAUCGUCGAGCUGAGUUCGAUGUGCAGCCCAAAAAGAUCCUUGGGGGGUUUCGAGAGUGACUUGAAUGGGGAAGCGCAACAUCCGAAGCGGGCCGAGCGCCUUGAUGGCAGGCGAAUCGAGAAGCAUCUUACAGUCAUUAUCGCAGCGCCUACGUCGUUCCCUUCUGGACUGUUAGGACUAUUACACAGUCUAUUUCCACCAGAGCCUUCAGCCUUGUCGUUGCCGCCAGCUCCAUGGCCACACUCAUCAUUGUCAUCGUCACCGAUUCUACCCCCCGCAACUCCAGCAUCUACGCCGCCACUACCAAACAACUAUCUUACUAUGCGACCGUCGGUCCAACCUCUUCCAACCACAUCAAGUAAUCUUCUCUCGACGGACACUACAGUACCAUAUCCCGCUCCUACGCCAACUAUAACAUCGAAUGCUUGGCCAACGACGUCUACCGCUUCCGUCAAGAAAGGGAUGAAAACUCCAGACCUGGCUACCGUUUCAACAGCCGCUGCCAGCCAACACAACUCAAUGAUGCCGACUGUUCUGGGCUUGGAUGGAGAUGCGGGGGGUGAAACCAGCGGAUGGGGAAUGACGGAGAAUGCAGAAGAGCAGUGCGUAUGCUCCAACGAGAGCUUCAAUGUGGCAGAGAUUACUGGGCUAUGUGCGAGCUGUGUAAAUAUGAUUGCGAAUUCACAAAAUGAUGUAGAGGUCAUCAUGUCGGUCUGCGGCUUCCCACCGCAGCAAUACAGCCCAGAGAAGGACAGCUUGGCGAGCAGCAUCCACGUCCAGGCCACCAGGCCGGCGGCGAAUACUGGAGGUGCCAAGUUGAAUGGCGCAUCUCGGUCAAUUUGGGGUGCAAACGUUGGACUGGCUGCUGGCGCUGCGGGUUUCGUAAUCGUGUAUAUAAGAUAG